CUGCCUAGUCCUCGCGAGUCCAAACAACACACAGGCCGCAUAAACAAAGCAGAGGCUUGCCUGUCUUGCGCCACCGGGGGCACCAGCACAGGGCGGAGUCAGCUCGCCUCGCCUCGCAGUCGCCUCCACUACAAUAUCACUUCCCCCCGCCUCCGCCCCGUGCGCCAUCGCGCAUAUCCACGCGCGCGCGCCCACACGUGCGGCUCCCCGGAUUCGCGCCGCCGCGGCAGCCAGCUUCGGAUCGAGGAGGAGGCGAGGAGUCAACCCAGCAAGCCGGCCAUGGAUGGAUCGGCCGCGGAGCUGGAGGCGGCGGAGCGGGUGGUGAUGCGGUGGGACUCGGCCUCGGCGUGGGGCGGCGCGGACGAGCGGAUGCUGUUCGACGGCGGCGGGGAUCGUGCCGAGGCGAACCGGUUCCUCCGCGCCGUCGACGACCUCCGCCGCCUCGCGCCGCCCUCGCCCGCGGCCGUCGGGAGCCCGCGCCGCCUCUCGUCGUCGUCGGGUUCCUCCGCGGCGGGGUCCGGCGCCGUGCAGGUCGCCAUGGUGCGGCUCGAGGACGAGUUCCGCCACGUGCUCUCGUCCCGUGCCCUCGACCUCGAGAUCGAGGCGCUCGCCGACCUCAGCUCGCUCUCCAUCAACAGCGACCGCUCCAACUCGGCCUCCUCCGCCGACUUCCCGGCCGCCGACGAGGACGACUCGGUGUCCUCCUCCAUCGGCCGCCGGAGCAGCGCCUACCGCUCGCUCCGGAGCAUCCGCGAGAUCGACCUCCUCCCUGACGACGCCGUCGCCGACCUACGCACCAUCGCAUCCCGCAUGGCCGCCGCCGGCUACGGCCGCGAAUGCAUGCAGGUGUACGCCUCCGUCCGCAAGCCGGCCGUCGACGCCUCCCUGCGCCGGCUGGGCGUCGAGCGGCUCAGCAUCGGCGACGUCCAGCGCCUCGAGUGGGACUCCCUCGAGGCCAAGAUCCGCCGCUGGAUCCGAGCCGCCCGCGCCGCCGUCCGCGGCGUCUUCGCCAGCGAGCGCCGCCUCUGCUUCCACAUCUUCCACGACCUCCCCAUUUCCAGCAACACCAUCUCCGCUGCCGCCCCCGCCACGCACGACACCCCCUUCGCCGAGGCGGUGAAGGGCGCCGCGCUGCAGCUGUUCGGCUUCGCCGAAGCAAUCAGCAUCGGCCGCCGCUCGCCUGAGAAGCUCUUCAAGAUCAUAGACCUCCAUGACGCGCUCUCCGACCUCCUCCCCGACGUUUCCGACAUUUUCGCAGCCUCCAAGGCUGCGGAGACCAUAUACGUGCAGGCCAUCGAGAUCCGGUCGCGCCUCGCCGACGCCGUGCGAGGGACACUCUCGGAGUUCGAGAACGCCGUGCUCCGCGACCCGCCCAAGACCGCGGUGCCUGGCGGUACCGUCCACCCGCUCACUCGGUAUGUGAUGAACUAUAGCAGCCUCAUUUGCGACUACAAGGCCACGCUCUCGGAGCUGAUCGUAUCUCGGCCAUCAGCUAGUGCGCGUCUUGUUGCUGAGGGCAAUGAGCUCGCGCCGUCCUUGGCCGACCUCGAGCUCCCUGAGCUUGAGAACCAGUUGCCACUUGCCGUUCACAUUGUCUGGAUCAUUGUUGUUCUCGAACACAACCUGGAGGGCAAGGCGUCACUCUACAAGGAUCCAGCUCUCUCGCAUUUGUUCAUGAUGAACAAUGUACACUAUAUUGUGCACAAGGUGAAAGAUUCGCCAGACCUCUGGAGCAUGAUUGGUGAUGACUACUUGAAACGGCUUACUGGAAAGUUCACAAUGGCGGCCACGAACUACCAGCGGACCUCAUGGUUGAAGAUCUUGAAUUGUUUGCGUGAUGAGGGACUCCAUGUAAGUGGUGGCUUUUCAUCAGGGAUAUCCAAGUCGGCGUUGCGGGAGCGGUUCAAGUCCUUCAAUGUUGUGUUUGAGGAGGCGCAUAGGGUGCAGUCUGGUUGGUGUGUGCCAGACAACCAGCUGAGGGAGGAGCUAAGGAUCUCAAUAGCUGAGAAGCUGCUGCCUGCAUACCGGUCAUUCCUUGGCAGGUUUCGACAUCAUAUAGAGAACGGGAAGCAUCCAGAGCUGUACAUCAAGUACUCAGUUGAGGACCUUGAGAUAGCUGUGGGUGAUUUCUUUGAGGGAGUUCCUCCUUCCCCACAUAGUAGGAGGAGAUCACAUGGAUGAAAGACUUGUAUGUCAAGCAUUUGACUGUUGUUGCUAUUUAUUCUUUUAUUCUUCACACGGAAGCCGGUGCUGGCAUAUGGGGCUCUAAUUUCCCUGUUCUGAUACUUGAGAAUUGAGAGUAUAGUUGGUUGAUCUUCAAGCAGAGACAGUUGAAUUCAUUUUGGCAUCUUGUUGAAGCUCUCAAUUGCCUCCAUGGUUCUUCCUCUGUAAGCAAACUUGUUCAUCUGUUAUACUAUUAUUACAUAAAUUUUGCAAGUAGCAUGUCCAUAUAGGAAAUUAUUUCGGUAAUGUUGGAUAAUUGGAACUCAUGGCAUUUCAGCCUGUGUCUUGCAUUAACUUUUGUUGUCCUUUUCAUGUUAACAGCUAUCCAAAGUGUCUAUGCUUUGUGGAUUAGAUGUAAAAAGAUUUAUGUUACUCUCAUGUA